CUUUGGCACAAGACGCCCAACCAGACGCAUCUGACAGGUGUCUCUGUUGUUAAAUCUAUAUAUGUGAUUAUUAAAUUGGUGAAGUUUUCAGCAUGGGAGACGGUUACCAGUAUCCUGUGUUCUUCGAAUGUGCCAAUCCGAGCGCAGAGCAAAGGAAGAAGAUAGAAAGCCAUUUCCAAAUUCGACGCAAAUCAGGCGGAGGAGAGUGCAGCUGCGUGAUUGAGGUGGAUGAUAAAGUUUGCAGCGUCUCUUUUAAAGAGCAAGGAGCUCAGCAAAGGGUCCUGCAAAAAUGUGAACAUGUGGUGCAGUGUACAGACGGUCCUCUGGUUCUGAGGGUCCGAGGCCCCAGCUCCCCUCACAUCACUGCCUCCAAUCUGGCUUCUUCAUCACAGCAGAAGAAACAGGACUCCUCUCCUGCCUUAAAUGUGCCAACAAGUGAUGAAGAAUAUGAGCGACAGCUUGACAGUUGCGUCCUUCGUUACCUGAAGGAAUGUCCAAAGGUUGAGAAAGAACUGCAAGAAAAACUCACCUCUGUGGCCUGCUCUGCUCAGCUUUACCCAGAGGAAGAUAGGGUUUUAGUCAGGAGGUCAGCUCAGCCUGGUGAUGUAGAUGAAGAUAGUGACUGGAAAGCUGAAGUAGACAAAAUACUCGAUGAUUACAUGUGCCACUAUGAGGCGGACUCUCGCAAUGUUAAAGUUUUGCUUCAGUCUUGCAGCCUUGGUCAGACCACAGAUGAGGUGAAAGUGUACAGCGAGGUUGGGAUGGCUGUUGUUGUCGGGAAACGUUCUCAGGUGAAGGCCAAGUUAGCAAAUAUAGAGGAUUCUAAACGUAAACACAGAGGAUCGAGUGUCAGUGAGGAGCAAACCACUGUUCGUCGACUAGGUGAGUCAAAACUCCGCCUCCUAUGGAAAGAGAUUGAGCGCAGUUUGGGACAAAAUUUGCCAGAAGUGAAGGUCACGCAGGGAGAGCCAGGUCAGCUGGUUCUGAAAGGUUCUGUGCCAGAAGUCAUUAAAGCUGGAGAGCUGAUAUCUGAAGAGGAGAAUUUGGUGUUAGAGAGAACAAUUUCCGACAAGAGCCCACACUUUUUGGCUUUCCUCAGGAAGGUUUACGGAGGUCCAGGGAUGCUCUGUGAAUAUUUAGAGGUUGGUAAUGAGGUAGAAGUCGAGUUGCGAGACACGGAGCUCAAUUUCUUCGCUUUUUCUGUUGCUAAACUGGAUUACACAGAGAAAAAAUUGCAAGAAAAAUUCAAGGAUGUCAAAUUUUAUGUUCCUAACUGCUCUGUUUUGCCACCCGAGCUGCGGGAAAUGCUUAGGUCCAAGACAAAUGAGAUGAACCAAGGACAGUGUAAGGCUCAGGUUGUGUUUGGCUCAGACAGCACGGUAUUCUUGCUAGGCCAUGCCACGCAAGUUGAAGAGCUGAGCGAUACUAUCACACAGUUUAUUUUAGACCAAGUAAGCGUAGAAGGGCAAGUCAUUCUUCCCUUCCCAGAUUUGGUACCGCUCUUACCAGAAUUGCUUCAGCUGCAUAAGUUUGAUUAUUCAGGGGUUACUCUCCAUCCUCUAACAUCUUCCUCUGGGCCCAGGGUGGCAUUGGAAGGUCCAGCAAACAAAGUGACUGAUGUCAGGAAUAGGCUGGGACCACUUCUGGACUCCCUUGUUCAGCGCAGAGUCAUCAUUGAUCUUCCAGGGGCAAUCAGGUAUUUUGAAAGCUCAUCCGGAAGAGACAGCAUCGUAAGUGUUGCUCAGUCUAAGAAGUGUCUCGUGUGGCUCGAGGAACAGCCUCACGCUAGUAGACAGAAUUCAGGAUUUGGAAAAUAUAGCCUUCAGGACGGACUCCAGGUGCUGGUGUGUGAAGGGGACAUCACCAAAAUAAAUGUUGAUGCCCUGGUGAACGCUGCCAACGAGAAUCUGGAACACCAUGGAGGCGUCGCUGCUGCACUUAGCAAAGCAGGUGGUCCUGAAGUGCAAAAGGAGAGCAAAGUCAUAGUAAAGCAGACUGGGAAAAUACAGACAGGUAAUGUUGUAGUGACCACUGGGGGCAACCUUAAAUGUAAGAAACUUCUGCACGCUGUUGGGCCUGUAGGUGGAAAAGCAGGUGGGAAAGAAAGAGAGUUACUGGAACAAACUGUCCAGAAGGCUCUGAAUUUAUCAGAAAUGAUGGAGUUCCAGUCCAUAGCUAUUCCUUGCAUCAGCUCAGGUGUGUUUGGCGUUCCUGUCACUGUGUGCUGUGAGGCUAUUGUAACUGCUGUUAGGAAGUUUGGUAGUCAGGGAGGGAGAAGUCUGAGCAAGAUAAUCCUGAUUGAUAAGAGAGCAGAGGUGGUGAGGGCCAUGAAGGAAGCAUGUGACAGGCUUCUCCAAGGGAUGAAGACCGGAAGGAGCACCGGACUGGACGUGGAGUUCCAGAUGAAUGCUGCUGGUCAAGACUCGGCAACAGGAGCCACAGCUGGAGCUCCUGGAGGCAGUGUCCAUGUAGAGAUCGUUCAGGGAACCAUUGAGACCCAGCAGGUGGAUGCUCUGGUGUCUCCAAUGGUUGGCCAUGAUCCUCUGUCUACCCGUGUUGGCAACGCUUUGUCUGACAUGGUUGGACCCCAGUUGACUGCUAAGUUUCAUAAGGAAGCGGGAGGAGCAACACUGCCCAGUGAAACAGUCCUGGUUGAGAGUUUGCCUGUCCUUAAAUCUAAAGCAGUCUUCUUCCUCAACCAAGUCUGCUGGGAUGACAACCCACAUGGAACUGCAGUCCAGGCACUGAGACGGGGAAUCCAAAAAAUUCUGGCUUCCUGUGCCAUUAGAGGUUUUAGUUCGGUUGCUUUUCCUGUGCUUGGGACCGGUGCUGCCCUGCGUUUUCCUCACAGCGUGGCAGCCAGAGUUCUUCUGGAGGAGGUUGGCGUAUUUGAACAGAACCGAAUCAAAACCUCACCUCUCCUGGUCCGCAUUGUUACUCACCCCACAGACAAAGAAUCUGGCAAGGCUUUCAAGUCUGCACAGAAAAAGGUGCAACACAGAGGAUUUACAAGUGGUGCUAACCCAAGUCAAGAAUCCUUUUACAGCCAUGGUUCCAUUAUUAAUGAAGAGGUCACAGCCAUGCUUGGUGGAGUCAAGCUUCAGAUGAUCUGUGGUGACAUCAUAAAAGGAGGCACUGAUGUCAUUGUCAACACAACGGAUUUCUCUAACAACCAGUCUGGUGUCUCCAAAGCCAUUCUGAGUGCAGCAGGACCCGCUGUCCAAGCAGAGUUAGCCCAAAAAGGCACUCCGGCAGACUUGAUGUGUACCACAGGACCAGGGUUGCUUGGUUGCAAGGAAAUCAUCCAUGCUAGCUUUAAGUGUGAUACGCAAAGGAUUCGCAAGACCUGCAAAAAGAUACUCAAGCAGUGUGAGAACAAAGGCUAUCACUCAGUGGCCUUUCCAGCCGUCAAUACUGGAGCGGCUGGUAUGGAUGCUGAUAAAGCCUGUAGAGCCAUGCUGGAUGGGAUGUCCUCAGCUAUUCAGGACUUGAAGCCAAGUUCUCUCUCACUUAUCCGCAUUGUCAUCCUGCAACUGCCAGUCUUCCAGGCUUUCAGGUCAGAGCUGCAAAGUUGCUUUGGACAAGACGCUCCAGGCCGUGAGAAACUAAUAGAAAAAGCGAAGCGAAAGCUCAAGAAGUUUCAAAACAAGUGCACCAGACCCUUUGCACCUUCAGCACUGCGCAGUGAAGCCCUCAGCUUUUCAAAGCCCCAGCCAGCAGUGAUAAAUGUCAUCAGCUGUGGCCCAGAGAUCACCAACAUCAUCAAAAGAGAUUUGGAGGAGAUCCUGCAGAAGCAACUGGUAGCGAGAGAGGUACAAGUGCAGCAUUUGUCCAGGCUUGAUGCCAUGGAGCUGGACGCAGUGCAGGCCAAAGUCAAAGUGUUAGGACUGAGCCUGGAACCCAGGAGCUCUGAAGUAGUGAAUGAUAGCAGAGCUGGAAAUGCAGUUAGAUCUCCAGCUGGGAGUCAGUCAGGACAAGAUGUCUACAUGCUGAAGGGCCUAAAUGAAGACGUUUUGAGUGUAAUUGACCUUAUAAACGGAGUAAUCCAAAAAGUGCUUUUUGAAGACCUCCAAGAGAAGGAAGAAGCGAUGCUGGCUCUCAAUGUCCAGUGGUCAAUGACGGAUGCAAAUGGAGACUGGCAGGAGCUGAACCUCCAUGAGAACUAUGUGUUGGAGGAAGCUCACAUUAAGCAACAAGUGUUUGUUGAAAUUGUGACACCAGACGGCAUGAAGGUGAAAGUAAACCUGAGGACACAAGAAGCCACCGACUGUCUGACAGGUGUCACAUACAAAGUGAAAAGGAGCCAGUCUGACACAGCCUUGUGGCUGCCGGAACACUGGGACCCUAUGCAGCAGGAAAUUUUUAAAAAGGUUGAGCUGCAGCCCAACUCACCCGAGUAUCAGGAUGUUGCUCAGGGUUUCCUCAAAACGGCGAAAUACAGCAUCAUAAAAAUUGAGCGUGUGCAGAACCUCUACCUGUGGCAUUCCUAUACUGUGUGUAGGCAGCGUAUCCUUACCAAGAACGGUGAAGCAGAGCUCGGUGAGAAGUUUCUCUACCAUGGCACAUCAGCAGAGUCUUGCAACUGCAUUGAGAGGGACAGAUUUGACAGGAGUUUUGCAGGAGCACAUGCUACCGUGUACGGUAAGGGAGUUUACUUUGCGGUGAACGCAAACUAUUCUGCCGGGGGGUAUUCUCCACCAGACUCAUCAGGCCUGAAGCGGCUGUACGUGGCUCGUGUCCUGACCGGCCGUUACACAGUUGGUAAUUCCUCCAUGAAGGCCACCCCUCCUCGAGGAUCAGACCCCACCGACUGCUUUGACAGUUUGGUGAACAACCAACAGCAGCCCUCCAUGUUCGUGAUCUUCCACGAUGACCAGGCCUACCCAGAAUACCUCAUCACCUUCAGCUGAGGAAGCCUGAUGCUGCACAGUAGGGGUCACAAGGAUCCUUUUACGUCCUACACGCACACUGAUCCCUUUUGAAUUGGCCUUAACAUUCUGCUUUGAGUUAAUGCUACAAUUGUUUUUCUUGAUUAAAUUUGACUGGGGUUCAUUUGUCUGCAACGGAGAUGCCCUUUAUAGUAGGGCCGUAUAACUGUUGAAUAUUCAUUUUGAUGAACAUGAUCAUCUGGAAAUGCUGCUGGAUAUAAAAAGGACUUUCUAGGGAGAGAGUGAGAUGUUACGACUCCACUUUUUUUUUCUAAAAUGAGGAGCUGGUUCCUCCAAACAGAUCCUCAUCUGUUGUUUGGAAGUAUUUGGGAUUUAGAAAAAGAUGUCUAAUACAACUAACUUUACGGUUAGAGCCCAUUUACCUCACUGAAUCCCCGUCCUUGACCACCAAAAUGAAAUUUUCAGAUAUCCAUAACGGUAGAGCUUUACAGUGUGUUACUAUAUUAUGCAACCUAAAAUGGAACCAGUGCUGCUUGAUGUUGUUUCUGCGAUGUGUACAUGCAAUGUAGUCUACCAUGAUGCUUAAUACAAAUGAAGAUGUUUCUCCUACUCCAGAGAUACAAGAGAAAUCUGUCUCAUAGAACAUAAUUUACUCCUAUUUAAGGGUUUUUGAUCACUCAGUUUUUGUUAAAUCUUUUUGUAGUGUUUUGUGCAUGUAGGCUGUCCAUCAUGAUUUUGACUCUCUGCACUUAAAUGUGUUGUUUAAAAACCCAUAAAAAAUAAUAGAACCCUAAUAGAAAACAGUACAUUACAUCAUGGGUAUUUGUGACAUUCUAGACCCUGAUUUCGCUCUUUUCUGUUAUUUUUUUCUUGGUCCCUCACCUUUCUCCAGGGUUCUCUGUGCACAGCUGUUUCCAUGUGAGCCAUUUAGGGAACCUUUCUAAAUCUUCAUGUCUGUUACAGUGAAGUGAGGAGUUUUGAGUGCAGUUUUAUUCAUGUUUGCCUCUAGGUCAUGCAUUGAAUUCAGCAGUAUCUUGCUCCACACGAGACAACACGGCUAAUUUGUUUGACCGUAUUUAAUGAACUCUGCAGAUGCACUCACCUACAAAACAUUGUGUAUGUUUGGACAUGUAAAACUGCAGUAUAAAAAUAGAAAUAUUUUACUUCCAAAAUUCAAGUACAAUUGCAAUAGAUUAAGAUUUAAAAUGUUGAUCAAAAUGAAUGUGAUUAUCAUUUUGACCUUAACUGCUUUAGAGUAUGACAAGAACCACUAGAGGUGUGAAACAGUGUCAUCUCAGCUGUGUAGCACGUGUUGGAAUAUGACAUUUAUGAAGGAUAAAGCUUGCCUCAGAAACACUCCUUGACAUUACACUUUUAUUUGGAAGACCUGUUUUUUUCUGACUUGCAAAGAUAUUGUAAUGAAAAUAAAAGUAUCCUUCAUUGUCUAAA